CUCCAUGCAUCUUCUCUCUUACAAGCUACUAGUCUUCGUCUCGUUUGUGCGAAACACAAAUCUCCUUACUGAAAUUCUCGAUUCUUGCAGGACACUCAUUCAACCACAUGUCUGAAAACAUGGAGCAAUCGCCGGAGAUGCUGCUGUCUCCUCCGAUUCCGUCGCUUCCAGACGACGUCACCAUCGAUAUCGUAGCUCGUGUGCCCAGAAGCCACUACCCGACACUCUCCCUCGUUUCCAAGAGUUUCAGGAAACUCAUCGCCUCGUCUAAGCUAUACAAGAGACGAUCUCAGCUAGGCAUCACCCAACGCCGUCUCUACGCCGUCCUCCGCAACCGCAAAACCGGUGAAUUCAGUUUCUACGUCCUCCACCGUAAACUCAACGGCUACAACCGCUUGGUCGUCGUCCGGUCACUUCCUUUCAUGUCUUCCCGUGGAAGCUGUGUCUCGGUUGGUUCGAAGGUGUACGUGUUCAACGACCUCUCAGUGCUCAGCUUUGACUGCACCUCUCACACGGUUCAGCGCGGCCCCAACUUUCCUCAGCGGAUUUCUUAUAAAGAGGCUAACGUCAUCGGGAAGAAGGUUUAUGUGAUUGGUGAUGCGUUUUGUCACUACGUACAGGGGACCGGGUGGAUGAAAGUGUGGCAGAAGGCAGUGACAGUGUUUGAUACAGAAACGGAGUCGUUGGAGCCUAAGUUGGUAAAGGAAGACAUGGCUGUUGGUGUAGGUCCCUUUUGGUCUGAUUCUGUUGUGUUGGAGGAUAAGAUUUACCUGAAAGGUUACAUGAAUGGUAAUUCUUUUGUUUAUGGACCAGAGGAAAGGAAAUGGGAAUUGAUGGACGAGGUAUUGAACUCUAAGGACUGGGAGGGUGCGUGUGUGGUUGACGGCGUCUUGUACUAUCACGAUCGUUCCGGCAAGGUUUUGAUGGCGUAUGAUCCGAAGCAGGGCUGUUGGAGUGUUGUUAAUGGUUUGGAGGAGUUUUUGGCUGUGGAGACUGCUCGUUCAAGGUGGUCCAUAACGGUGAACUACGGUGCGGAGAAGCUGGCUCUCUUCUUUCCUAAGAAACAGUACGGCGAGAAGAUGAUUUGCUGUGCGGAGAUUGGUUUGGAAAGGCGCCAAGGAGGAGAGAUUUGGGGUAAGGUGCAGUGGUGUCACGUUGUCAUUGGCGAUGGGUCUUUCGACAUGGUGAAAUGUGUCUCUGUCACGGUUUGAUGCCAGCAUAAUCGCUUCUCUAUUUAGAUCGCUUCGUAUUUAGAUUAUCCUAAUUCCCAACGUGUUGUUGGAAGUGUGCUUACAUCGUUAACGUAGACAAAACCGUAAGUGUGUGUCGUUGUGUUUAUGUUGUUGUUUAAAACUUGUGGUAUGUUUUAUUAUUAGAUCGCUUUCUUGAGACU